AUGUCGCUUUUACCAGGACUAUCUCUCUCAGCGCCAUCGACAGCGACACCACAACCGGACGCCGCGACGCAUGCGCCUCCACGAACCGAAGAGCUGUCUCCGCGCUCAGAACUCCGUUUCGAAGUCGCUUUCACAAAAACAUACCGUGUACGCCUAGUACGAGGAACGGCCGAACUCUUCGGCAGCGAACUGGCGCCAGGGACAACAUAUACCUUCAGCGGAAUCAAAGGCGCCAUCUUCACAUGGCACGGGUGCACGCUGGAGCUGCAGGGCGAGGUUGAGAGCGAAUAUGUCGGAUCAGAAACCGAGGCCAUGGUGGAGUGGCUCAAUGUCCAUGGUAUGCUAGAGACAGCACGCGACGAUGCUACCAUGGGAAGAGAUGGCAAUGGCGGUCCGCGGGUACUGGUAGUAGGCCCGGACGACAGCGGCAAGACAAGUCUACUCAAGUGCUUGACAGCAUGGAGUCUGAAAAUGGCUAGGACACCGACCAUUGUCAACACGGACCCGCGUGAAGGUCUGCUAAGCAUCCCUGGUAGUUUGAGCGCAGUCACAAUGGGCAGUAUGCUGGAUGUCGAAGAUGGCUGGGGAAGCAGCCCGGUCUCUGGUCCUACUGGCGUGCCUGUAAAGACUCCACUGGUUUACCACUUCCCCUUUGCAUCUCCCGAAGACAGCCCACGCAUGUUCAAGCCUCUGAUCACACGCGCUGCCUUGGCCGUCACCAGCAGAUUGGAGGAAGACGACGAGGCGAAGCAAAGUGGUAUCAUUGUCGACACGCCGGGAAGCAUCAACCAACCCAAGGGUGGUUAUGACCUCUUGAUGCACAUCAUUUCAGAGUUCAGUAUCAACGUCGUCCUCACACUGGGCUCCGAGAGAUUGUACAACGACCUGUUACGCAAAUUCGGCAAUCCCCAAAGUGCUGACGAUGUCGUGCACGUCUUCCGCAUAGCAAAGUCUGGCGGCGCAGUGGCUAGAGACGAGGGAUUGAUGCGUCAAGCUCGCCAACAGCAGAUUAAAAAUUACUUCUUCGGCGACAGCAGAACAUCACUCAACCCUCACGGACAGUGGUGGGACUUUGGAGACUUGACCAUCUACAGGGCUGUGGAUCCUACAGCAUCACAUGCGCAAUCACACUUGAUGCCUGGUAUGGACUACGACGACUCGCCAUCGGGCCAAGGAUCUGCAAGCAUACUGGAGAAGGUGUUGCCAAGUCAAGAAAUGGUCAAUGCAAUCUUGUCGGUCAAGUUCUGCUCGGGCAACUCGUCGGCAGACAAUGUGUGUGACAGCUGUGUCAUGGGAUUCGUCUACGUGGCCGAGGUGGAUGAGGGCAGGAAGAAAGUACGAUUCCUGGCGCCGCAUCCCAGCAGAUGGGGUGAUCGAGCAUUGGUUUGGGGCAAUUGGCCCGAGGGUGUGGGAGAUUUGGUUGCAUAG